AUGGGGUAGGAGUUAUUCUGAAGGAACCGUAUGUCAAGAGUGUUUUGGAGGUGAAAAGAGUGUCAGACAGAGUAAUAAUUAUGAAGCUGGAAAUUGGAGGUGUGAUGAUGAAUGUUGUUAGUGCAUAUGCACUGCAAGUUGGGUGUGCAAUGGGUGAGAAAGAAGAUUUUUGGAGUAAGUUUGAUGAAGUGAUGAACAGUGUACCCAAGGGACAGAAAGUGGUGAUUGGAGCGGAUUUCAGUGGACAUGUUGGUGAAGGGAACAGUGGAGACGAGGAGGUGAUGGGUAGGUAUGGUGUCAAGGAGCGGAAUGAAGAAGGUCAGGGGAUAGUGGAUUUUGCCAAAAGGAUGGACAUGGCUGUGGUGAAUAUGUAUUUUAAGAAGAGAGAGGAACAUAGGGUUACGUACAAGAGUGGAGGAAGAUGCACACAGGUAGAUUACAUCCUAUGCAAAAGAGUUGAUCUGAAGGAGAUUAAAGACUGCAAAGUGGUGGCAGGGGAAUGUGUAGUUAAGCAGCAUAGGAUGGUGGUUUGUAGGAUGACGUUGGAGAUCAAGAAGAGGAAGAGAGUGAGGGCAGAGCCAAGGAUCAAAUGGUGGAAGUUGAAAAAGGAAGACUGUAAGGUUGAGUUUAGGGAGGAGGUGAGACAGGCACUGGGUGGCAGUGAAGAGUUACCAGACAGCUGGGAAACUACAGCAGAUGAAGUAAGGGUGACAGCAAGAAGGGUGCUUAGCGUGACAUCUGGAAAGAUGAAGGAGGAAAAGGAAACCUGGUGAUGGAAUGAGGAAAUACAGGAGAGUAUGCAGAGGAAGAGGAUGGCAAAGAAGAAGUUGGAUAGUCAGAGAGAUGCAGAAAGUAGACAAGAGUACAAGGAGAUAAGGCACAAGGUGAAGAGAGAGAUGACAAAGGCUAAAGAAAAGACGUGUGAUGAGUUGUAUGAGAGGUUGAACACUAAGGAGGGAGAAAAGGACCUGUACCGAUUGGCUAGACAGAGGGACCGAGCUGGGAAAGAUGUGCAGCAGGUUAGGGUGAUAAAGGAUAAAGAUGGAAACGUACUCACAAGCAAGGAGAGUGUGUUGAGCAGAUGGAAAGAGUACUUUGAGAGGCUGAUGAAUGAAGAGAACGAGAGAGAGAAGAGGUUGGAUGAUAUGGAGUUAGGGAAUCAGUAAGUACAACGGAUUAGCAAGGAGGAAGUAAGGACAGCUAUGAAGAGGAUGAAACAUGGAAAGGCUGUUGGUCCAGAUGACAUACCUAUGGAAGCAUGGAGGUGUUUAGGAGAGAUGGUAGUGGAGUUUUUAACCAGAUUGUUUGAUGGAAUCUUGGAAAGUGAGAGGAUGCCUGAGGAGUGGAGAAGAAGUGUACUGGUGCCGAUAUUUAAG